AUGAUCGGAAAAGUUUAGCAGCCUUCUUCAAGAUCUUCAAGGGUUGGAAAGGGACAGCUCUGGGCACCUAUACCAGACGAGUUGCAGACAUGAAGCCUUUCUGGCUUUUGUGCAUCUGUUUGUCCAGUUUGUGGAAUGUUGGUUGUUCUCUGGGAAAUGGAAUGCUCUUUCCACGUGAAUCUCCAAGUCGUGAAAUCAAAGAACUGAAUGGGCUAUGGACUUUCAGGGCGGAUUUCUCCAAGGACAGGAAUCUAGGAUUUCAGAAAGCAUGGUUUUUAAGUCCGCUGGCAGAGACAGGUCCAGUGAUCGAUAUGCCUGUGCCAGCCAGCUAUAACGAUAUAACUCAAGACGCAAAGCUGAGGGACUUCAUAGGCUGGGUGUGGUACGAGAGGGAGGUGUGGGUACCAGGCAGCUGGCUACAGGAUGUGGGCCGGAGGAUAGUGCUGAGAGUGGGGAGUGCGCACUAUUAUUCUGUGGUCUGGGUGAAUGGGGUCAAAGUGACCGAACACGAGGGUGGCCACCUCCCUUUCGAGGCCGACAUUGGUGCCGUCGCCAGGAAGACUCCCGGAGCACCGUGUCGCAUCACCAUCGCGGUCAACAACACACUAGACCUCCACACCCUGCCCCCAGGCACUAUCCAGCACAUGAACGAUCCCACAAGGUAUCCAGCAGGCUAUUUUGUGCAGAACACCAACUUUGACUUCUUCAACUAUGCCGGCAUCCAUCGGCCCGUCCUUCUCUACACCACGCCCUCCGCCUACAUCGAUGAUAUCUUGGUGCAGACCACCUUUUCAGACAGCACAGGGGUUGUUAGUUAUCAGGUGUCUGUGGUGGGGAGUGACAGCGCCACUGUGAAGGUCUCGCUCACGGACAAAGAUGGAAAAUGCGUGACCACCUCCACAGGAGCCAGUGGUGUCCUCAAGGUGCCAAAUGUCAACCUCUGGUGGCCCUACCUGAUGCAUGACAACCCCGGAUACCUGUACUCUAUGGAGGUACAGGUGUCUGCACAGACCAAUUAUAAUGGCCUUACAGAGGACGUGUACACCCUGCCGGUUGGCAUCCGCACAGUGCAAGUCACCACCUCCCAGUUCCUCAUCAACAACAAGCCAUUCUACUUCCAUGGAGUCAACAAGCACGAGGACUCUGAUAUCCGAGGCAAGGGCCUGGAUUGGCCGCUGAUCGUGAAGGACUUUAACCUGCUCAAGUGGCUGGGGGCCAACUCCUUCCGCACCAGCCACUACCCCUACGCAGAGGAGAUCCUGCAGAUGUGCGAUCGCCACGGCAUCGUGGUCAUCGACGAGUGCCCUGGAGUGGGCAUCAGGGACAUACGUAGUUUUGACAACAAGUCCCUGACACAUCACCUGGUUGUCAUGGACGAGCUGGUGCGUAGAGACAAGAACCACCCCUCUGUGGUCAUGUGGUCAGUAGCCAAUGAGCCGGCAGCUGAGAUGCAGCCAGCGGGAUACUACUUCAAGACACUGAUCUCUCACACAAAGUCCUUGGAUCCAACUCGAGCCGUCACAUUUGUUAGUAACAGCAACUACAAUUUGGACAAGGGCGCACCCUAUGUAGACGUUGUGUGUGUGAACAGCUAUUUCUCCUGGUACCACGACCCCGGGCACCUGGAGGUCAUCCCCCUCCAGCUCAACACCCAGUUUGAGAACUGGUACGGCAAGUACAAGAAGCCCAUCAUCCAGAGCGAGUACGGAGCUGACGCCGUACCGGGACUGCACAACGAUCCUCCCAUGAUGUUCACAGAAGAGUACCAGAAAACUGUCCUGCAAAAUUACCACAGUGUGUUCGAUAAGAAGAGGAAGCAGUAUGUGAUUGGCGAGCUCAUUUGGAACUUUGCCGAUUUCAUGACCGCUCAGACCAUCACCCGUGUUGUGGGGAACAAGAAGGGCGUCUUCACCCGUCAGCGCCAGCCCAAGUCGGCAGCCUACCUCCUGAGGGAGCGCUACUGGGGCAUAGCCAACGAGACGGGAGUCCUUCCGCUCUGGGCUAAGUACCCCUGCUCUUGACACCAUGGACAAACAUAGCUGUACCAAAGUGCCUUGAGCUGUCAAGUCUCUUUUGGGAGUCUCGAAUGUGAAUCGGCAUCAGAGCUGGGGGCAUUCCAAGAACAUGGUUAAGUUAUAAACCUGGCUAAGCUAACCUACCGGAAGUGGUAAACCUCAUAACAUAUCCCACAGAGGUCAUUUAGUAAAAAAGGACUCCAGACUGUUCUAUUAUAUGAUAUACAAGUACAUCAAGGUUGACUUAACCUGGAUUACUUCUGAACCAGCUUCUUGGAAUACUCCCCAGGAAUUUGUUUGUGUUAGUGACUACACAAAUCUGGCAGAGCCUGAGAUUUACUUCCCAUUUGGUUGUGUGGUUCAUUUUAAUUUUUCUCGUGAAGGUAGGCUGCUGAGUUUUAAAUGGUUUUAAUGUAUGGAACUACUUUGAUUCUUUUGUUUUUUUAAUUGCUUGUCAUGUUUAGCCUUUUCUCUUUUAAGAUGUGUAGAAUUAUUACACUGCAUACAGUAUUGACUUUCAACAGAAAACUUGCCUCAAACAGAGAGGUAAAUAAGAUUUGUUUAAUAUCCAUUAAGUCAACCAGUAUCAGCUGCUUACUUUUAGAACACUGUCUGUUAAUUGCCUUUGCACUGAGAACAUUCCAAACAUCUUUUAAUCUGCUUUUACUGUGCACUGGCAGAAGCACACAAUCAUGAACCAAUCAUGAUGUGUGUGUGUGUGUGUGUGUGUGUGUGUGUGUGUGUGUGUGUGUGUGUGUGUGUGUGUGUGUGUGUGUGUGUGUGUGUGUGUGUGUGUGUGUGUGUGUGUGUGUGUGUGUGUGUGUGUGUGAGAGAGAGAGAGAGGUGCAGCUGGCCUGUCCUUUAUUGUAGGGGAGAGGGGUGGGUGGGGGGUGUCCAAAUAGCAGAGCACUCUUUAAUAACGCUAAUGCGAGACUCCAAACAUGGGCCUAUAAGUUGCAGCCGUAGUAAAUCAUGUCCCCCAGGCUAUAUGUAGCUGCACCACAUAAAGAUGUCCGUAUAAUGACCUGUAGGGUCACAGUCAAGUUGAUGCAUUUCUCUUGCAGAGUAAUGCCACCCCCUCACCUAAGUGGAGACACACACACACACACACACACACACUGCCAGGCAAUCUCAUCAUGAUGAAGCAUCGGUUGUUCAAUUCACCAUAAUGUUCCCAGUCUAACAAACACUGUCAAAGAUAUCUGCUUGUCAUUAUUCAAUUGAAAGGCUAUGUAAGGACCUUUAUGAAUGCCUAAUCAUGCUGUAUGUGUAUGUGCCAAUUAUCCACAAAUUGUCUUUUUUAAUAAUGCUGGGAAAAAUCAGAAUGUUAUUUUUCUAUACCAAUAAAAUACAAAAAGGGAUGUGUGUAUGGCUGUCUGAUCUGUUAUAUUUUAUGUAUGAACUGGGUAAUAAACUUGUGGAGUCACACAAUGUGGUACUCAUCUAAGAAUCAGACAAAGGAGGGAGCAGAGGUUGUUUUUUUUCUGAGGGAAUGUUUUAAUGGUAGACCAUUUCCACACAACAAUGAGAUUUUUUUUGUUUUGUUUUUAAAUAUUGUUCACUGAUGUGUAUUCUCGCCAACUCGCUCAUCAAAACACAGUUAAGAAAUAGUGGAUUUCAUUCGAUUGUUUUCUUCCUCCUGCACUGUUUUAACCUUCCUUGUAACACUUUCCAUGUAAGAAAAUACAGCAUUUCUUUUCUUAAACUUAUAUUUGGCAAAUACAGAUGCAAAACCUAAACAUAAUUGUCCUCCAAAAUAAAAAAGGAAACCCUUGAUUUUACCUUUAAAAAGUGGAAAUUGACAAUGACAUGACCCCAGAUUUCUUUCCGAUCCUUGCUUUGUCUUCUUUACUAUUGUAACCUAUUGCGUUAACAGUCUAGACAGCUAAAAGGCUAGAUUUCACAAAACACAGCCCGGUCACAUUGAAAAGAAAAGAAAUGCUCACCAGUCUGUACAGCAGUACAUUGACAACUCCUCCACCUCAACAUUCUUAGGUUUUUUUGGGACAAAAAGUAUAAAUAACAAAAAUAUGCUACCUCAAAAUCAAGAGAUGAACAUGGAAAUUGGGGUGGGGGGUAAAAAACUGGAAUGAAAAAAACAAAAACAAAACAAAACAGCAAAAAAAAAAAAAAAAAAGGAACUAAUGUAACACCAGACAAUGUCAUGUUAAUUUGUUUUUGUCAUUUAUUGUUUUGUUUUUUUGUGGGCCUCUGCUAACAUACACAUCCAAUACGUGUGUUACAUUACACAUUUUAGUGGGACCUCCAGGCUCAUCUGUGUGUACACCUUCUCCAAGACAAGCAGGUGGGCUGUUUCUGCUGCACCGCUCAGUGCCAAACCAAAACCAGAUUACUCAGUCAUGUACCUUGCAUUAUGAAACAGCCCUGUGGGUUGACAUUGUGUACUAAAUCGUUCCACAGGACUUUUUCCAUCAGGGCAGGUGUUCCAAACAAGUGGCUUACCUACCAACCUCAAUAACUGAACUAAAAUAUGAGUUUGUAAAUCUUUUAAUAGAAGACCCAUAUCUUUUUUCUUCUCCCAAAACAGAACCAUGAGGCCGCUCUAUCUGUAGAUCCACCACUUGGUUUGAGUUAAUACAUUGCUGGAAGCCUGCCCCAAGAGGUCUGAGAGAGCUGGUCCCAAUUGGUCACUGAAGCGGUAUUUGACACAGGGCCCAGCAGUGCCUGACCUGCUCCUGUCUGCUUGACCAACAAGGCUUGAACUGCUGCUCCAUACAGGCCAAAGCAAGGCCCUUGAGAGCAUACAGAAGGCACUUUAUAGUGGACAUCAUGACUGCAGCAACUCUCGCUCGCCUGCUUGAAGUUUUGGGGGAAGAUUCACAUUGUGCGCUACAUAUCAACACAAAACACAACUCCAGCCUUUUUUUCCGGCAUUGUGAGGUGGGGGGAAGAUGGUAUUUUGAUCUGAACUGGCUGUUUUUCAUGAAUGCUAUGAAACAAACCGCCACACAAUUUUGUUACUGGCUAUAGUGACUUCACAGCUGUAGGUGUUCAUAUCAUUCUUGAGCAGUCAAGGAGCAGUAAUAUGCUGCUGUGGGAUGUCUAGAGGUGAAGCUCACAGGACUCGGACAAAAAAGGCAAUAAAAGUCCUCCCUCAAGCAGUUAGUUGUACCCCAGCUUCGUUUCUUAUAGAGUUAGGGCCACAGUAUCGAUGUCUUCAAUACAGACUGUCAAGCUGUCAACCGAGUGAUGAGAUGAUGGUCUGCCUUUCAACAUGUGAGAAGCCUGUGGGGGGACAAUAACAGGCUUGCGACAACAUUCUCUAUCCAGUGUUUCUAGCUAGGGCACGCUAAAACUAUUCUUCUUAGAGCUCAACUUAAUAACAACGCAAAGCUAGGGAACACACAACAAUCUGCCGUCAUUGACAAGCCUCUCUUGGCUGGGCUGGCGUUAUCACCUUCAUUGGGUGAAUGGGGGGAGAAGUACUUUUUAGAAGCACAAAGAGACAGACUUUAUUCACCAGGAAUUUCACACGGUAUUUACACAAGUGAAAAAAAGCCCCGACCUAAAAGACAACAGGAGGGGUAAAAAAAAAAGAAAGUAAAAACAAAAAAAACCUAAAAUGUUCAAUGAAUGUGCACAUCGUUUGACACUCCAUUUAGAAAAAGUAACACAACACUGUUCUGCUUCUGCAGCGUGGGACAUCACACCAGAGAGCCUACUCAGGAGCUUAACAAACGUUUAUCAGGGACAUUGAUCUGACACUGGACACAUAAAGUAAACCUUUCACAAUCUGCACCCAAAUCCGAUAUCCAGUCCACUCAACAAGUAGGAGAGCACAGCUCUAAACUUACUCCCUUACAACUCUUAACUUAAAACUCUUAACCAUGGAUCAACCAUCAUCAGCCAGUAACAAGGCUCUAUUGUCAUCUAUGUCUAUCUGACUCCACUGGCAUCUUCUGAAGCUAAAUCCUACAAGCUUAGGGAUGUGGGGGUGGGUGUUAUCGAAUAGGGGUGAGGGGGCAAUACUGAGAGGUAGUGGGUAGGGCACUGAGCGUUGUGGGUGAUGCAGUUUUCCAUUUUAAUAACACAGGAACAAAACAAAAAAUUUUUUCGACCACUGUGGGAGGGAUCUAGACCUUGCUUACAGCAGUGAAAACAUACAAAAACACACAAACAAAAGUGCUAAUAAAUUACUGAAGCUAGUAUGACAUGCUGCAUACAAAACAAAAAGUUCGGAGCCGUUUUCUGCCGUAUCCUUUUUAAAUAUUCUCGCACCAUUCAUCCGCAGGUUACUUAAAAAUGCACACAUGGAGAUAGACAAGUCAGAUGGUGGUGUCUGGGAGCUGUGGUACACAUGCUCAAUGUUAACCAUUUUUUGUAUAACAAACAAUGUUAAGUACAGUACAAAAAUGCAAGACAGGGUGAUUGUGAGAAGAGUGACGCUAAAAAUAGUGGGGGAAGAAGAAAGACAAAUGAUUAAAAAAAGAGUAUCUCACACCACUGUUCUGUUAGGCACAUACGUCUAAUGGUUGUCCUGUGUAUCAGGAAUGCGUAGAACAAAUAUAUGUACAAAGUCGCAGACAGAAAUAUUGAGGGGUGAAUGUGGAGAAAGGUGAUCUGGAGAGAAACAGCAGAAACAGACGAAAGAUGAUUGGAGUUUUAGGGUGGAGGAGAAAAAACUCUUGCCCUGAAGACUGGAGGUUGGUUGGAUACAAGCCUCCCAAACAUCUCGAACUGGUAGGUGCUCUGGAAGCAUCCAAGCAACAACAGACCUCUUGCUGGCCCACUGUGAGUGGGCCACACACCUAGUGCAUGCACAUUAUCACACCUCUUCAUCCAGAUGACAACACAACGCAUCUCCUUAUUGCAGACUUUUUUUUUGUUCUUUUUCUUUUUUUUCUCCUUUACAUCUGGCAACACUUAAAGACAACCUAGCUUGGAAUAUUGCUCAGCGGCUAUUUACAGAUUUGCCAACGACGACCAAAUAAACAAGAAAAACACGUAAGGAAAAAAGGAACCGAUGUACACACAAGGUCUCACAUUCUCCCAUUUUUAAAAUUAGUGGUCCUCUUAAAAAAAAAUUACUGUAAACAUAAGAAAUAACAUUUUGUUUUUUGUUGAUGUUCGAUGUUAAUCCUUGCAUCUCGUGGAAUCAUAUCUUGAGAACUGUACAGUAACCUCAUGAUCAUGCAUGUUUAUUUUUUGUUAAACUCAUAAUUCAUCCUCUCAGUACAGUUUCGGGAACACCAGGACCAGAAACGUCCCCUUUCAAGUAAGCGUCACCACUUUUUGUCCUGUUGAACUUGUCUUGUUCUUUCGUUCUCUCAUUCUUUUGUCUCUCCAACUUCCUCUUCAGUAGCAGGAUGUCAUCCAUGGUCAGUACUGGAGAUUCGCCAAGUGCUUGUUUUGUUUUUUGUUUUUUUUCCUUCGUCUUCUUUGUUUCUCGUUGUCUUUUUUACCCCCAUCCCUUAUCAUGAGUAUUCGUUUUGGAUAUAAUAAGGGACUCUAACGAAGCGAA